CCAGGGAACGGCACAAACAAUACUGCUCAGGCAAUAGAGGGGGAGGGAGGGCUGUGCACUGCGCUCCAGCACAGGUGUGCGACCAGUGAGAGGGUCAUACACAGACACGAGAUGACAGCCCCUCACCCAAGACACUUCAUCUUCGGGCGGAUACACCCGGUCCGAGCAUAAAGCCAUCGGAAGAGUGAGUGCAAGGUGUUGUGCAAGGGAUCCUGAUUUAAGUCAGUGAACCCUGCAUCGGGUGGUGGACAGCAGACUCUCUUUAUUUCUAACUUCUGGGUGUCGUGUUGCUCCCAAAGAUGGCAGAGGGUGCACGGCUGAGAAGCAGUGCUGAGAAGAUCCCAGAAGAGAAGGGGCAGGAUUCUGGCUCCGGAUCGAGCUCUGGGGGAGCAGGUGGAGUUGCUCUGAAGAAGGAGAUUGGGCUGGUGAGUGCCUGCGGCAUUAUAGUGGGUAACAUCAUCGGCUCUGGUAUAUUCGUAUCCCCUAAGGGAGUGCUGGAAAAUGCAGGUUCUGUGGGGAUGGCACUAAUUGUGUGGAUUGUCACAGGUGUAAUCACAGCAAUUGGUGCUCUCUGUUAUGCCGAGCUUGGGGUCACUAUUCCCAAAUCUGGAGGAGAUUACUCCUAUGUGAAGGACAUAUUUGGAGGACUUGCAGGGUUCCUAAGGCUAUGGAUUGCAGUGCUGGUUAUCUACCCUACAAACCAGGCAGUCAUUGCCCUGACCUUCUCAAACUAUGUCCUGCAGCCACUCUUCCCAACCUGCUUUGCACCGGAAUCUGGUCUUCGUCUCUUGGCAGCUGUCUGUUUGUUGCUGCUGACUUGGGUGAACUGUGCCAGUGUGCGAUGGGCCACACGUGUGCAAGACAUUUUUACUGCAGGAAAACUGCUAGCUCUGGGAUUGAUCAUCAUCAUGGGAAUAGUCCAGAUCUGCAAAGGGGAGUAUUUCUGGCUUGAGCCCAAAAAUGCAUUUGAGAAUUUUCAAGAACCAGAUAUUGGUUUAAUUGCCCUGGCGUUUCUACAGGGAUCCUUUGCAUACGGUGGCUGGAACUUCCUGAACUAUGUCACAGAGGAACUAGUCAAUCCCUACCAAAAUCUCCCACGUGCCAUAUUUAUAUCUAUCCCACUUGUCACUUUUGUGUACGUUUUUGCAAAUAUUGCCUAUGUGACAGCCAUGUCCCCUCAGGAGUUACUGGCUUCCAAUGCCGUAGCUGUGACAUUUGGUGAGAAGUUGCUAGGUGUGAUGGCCUGGAUCAUGCCAAUAUCUGUGGCUCUCUCAACGUUUGGGGGAGUCAAUGGUUCUCUCUUUACCUCUUCCAGGUUAUUCUUUGCUGGAGCUCGAGAGGGUCAUCUUCCCAGUGUGCUGGCGAUGAUUCACAUUAAGCGCUGUACUCCAAUUCCAGCUCUGCUCUUUACGUGCCUCUCCACAUUGUUGAUGUUGGUGACCAGUGAUAUGUACACUCUAAUUAAUUACGUCGGCUUCAUAAAUUAUUUGUUUUAUGGUGUGACAGUUGCUGGACAGAUUGUCCUACGAUGGAAGAAGCCAGACAUCUCUCGGCCUAUCAAGGUUAACCUAAUCUUUCCAGUAAUCUACCUCCUAUUCUGGGCCUUCCUGCUUGUCUUUAGUCUUUGGUCUGAGCCUGUGGUAUGCGGAAUCGGCUUGGCCAUCAUGCUCACUGGGGUUCCUGUCUAUUUCUUGGGAGUCCACUGGCAGAACAAGCCACAGUGCUUCAAUAACUUUGUUGAUGCAAUGACACGUGCUGGCCAGAAACUCUGUGUGGUGGUCUACCCCCAAAUGGACAGUAAAGAUGAAGAUGUAAGCGAGGAAACCAAGGAACAGAGUACUCCAAUCUAUAAGCCAGGUUCUGGAGCAGGAGAUGGAGCUCAUGCCUGAUUUCUAAAUUCCCCUCUACACUGAUCACUUCACUCCAUGUCUGCUGCCCCUGUAUACCUUGAGAGUAUAUACCUGUUGACAGGACUACAGUACAGCUCUACCACGAUAGAUGGAAUUUAGUGUGUAUGUGCACUUGUGUGUAUGUGAGUCUUUGUAUGCGUGUCAGUAUUCCUUUGUGCACCAAUGCAGUGCUGGUUAUCAACAUUGUAUUUUCCAGUUUCCAUAGCCCUCAGGUAAUUUUGGGGUACCAGGGUAGUCACUUGCUUUGAAGUCAGUGCUGUGUAAUUGUGUCACAGAAUCUGUGUGUCUUUGGAACUCUGCUGUAUACUGGGGUUGUUUUAUCUCCCAAUAUGUGGUGUCAUUAUUUGAUGUAAUGGCUCCCCCUGGUGGCAAACAAAGAAAAGCUGCAGGUUAAAUAGACUUUUUGAUGAGCAGCCUGUGUUGUAUGUGGGUUUACACCUAUCCACUCUGUCGCAGUCUGAGCUGCUUGUUGUGCCAUCUCUACCUGUGGAUUCAUGAUUUGACCAACAAUCUGAUCUUUAUACAUAUUACCCUUAGCUAUCCAGAUUUGCACUGCUAGAGGAAGACGUCUGCCUGACAAUCAUGAGACCUGCACAGGACUGACCUUUCUCCUCUGCUACUGCCUGCACAUGGAAGAUAAUAGAACUUCCAUGUGUAUAUCUUGCUGCUCAAUUGUAAUAAUGGCGCACUCCACUGUGGUCUCAGGUCUUUAUCCAACGGACUCUCACAGGACUUUUGGGUUCUCAAUCCUUACUCCAAAACUGCGGUUACCUAUUGUCCAUCUAGAAGACCUGUGUCAUAUGUUCACACUCCGAGAAUUGUGGGUAAUUACCCACCUAUUUGUGGUUUUUUUUUUUAUUCUUCAUUUCAGAAUUCUCCACGUUUUUAUAUAUAUUUUUUAUUUAGAAUCUCAUUUCUGAAUGUAAUAAACUGGAUCUUGUGCCUUUUUGUUGAGGUUAGUGUGUGUAUAUAAUCAUGUCUUAAGAGUUUGUAACACAAGGUAGGGGUAUGCUGCCUUAGAAGAGAUGUGAGUAAUAUGUAGUCAUUGAUUAGGAUACUGUGUUCUCCACUACUGCAUCUUAAAGGAACAAUAUAUUGGUUUAUGAUAGCCCUUAAUUUUAUAUUAGCGUUAAUUCAUUGUCAUUGCACAUUUAUCAUAGCAGCAAAAAAAACAAAAACUUUAUUUUUUGGUUUGACCUUUCAUUUAGUAAGAGCUUUGUUCAGAUUUAGAGCAUUUACUUUUAAAUACGUUCUCACUAUUUCUUAUAGAGCUGCUACACAAUCAUUAAAAAGCUAAAUCAGGGUAAAUACAGUGCAUCUUAUUUAUAUGAAGGCAGGGAGUGAAUGAUGUCCAGUUUUGUGCAAUGUGUGCUAGAAACUGGCAUUAAUUUCCAUGUAACAUACUAAAUACAUUUUACAGUAAUAUAUAAAAAUGAUUGGAUUAGAAAUAUAACAACCCUAAUGCACUGGUCUUGUUGUAGAUUGCAUUGUGGGUAUUCAUAGACAAACCAAGGAUUAAUAACGAUCAUGAACUUUAUUAAUCUCUUUCUUUGGGAUUGUUCCAAUAUUCUUCAUGCACGUUUUUUGGAUUUAAUGUACAGCAAGCAGAAAACAAUUGUUGGUUGAGAUACAUUUUUGCUUGUUAGAAGAAGUAUCGUGCAACUGCGCUGGGACAGUAUCUACACGUUCUCUUCUUUUUAUGGAUCUGACCCCAUGGCAUUUCUUCUCAGAUGUCCUCAUCUGGCUGAUAGGGAGUCCAGUAGCUCAUACUAAAACCUGAACCUCACAAGUGGCAUUUGAUGAUGGAUUCACACAAAGAUGGAAAUAUGUGACACUAUAUUAAAUAACUUUUUUCUUUUUUUUUUUUUAAAUGCAAGAUGCUUGUACCAGUACUGUUUUGACAACAAAACACAACCAGUGAAAUAGUCAACAGCUUUAAAAUGCAUACGGUUGUAUCAUUUUCUUCCAUGAAAGUUACCAAAAGACUUCUCACCUUACAGUGCCCGACGCAGUGCAGUUAUAUAUAAAAAAAUAAAUAUAUGUAUGACUUAUUAA